AUGAAUAAUAAUAGUUUAUUUAUUAUCAUUCAGAAAUAUAUAUUAAAUAUAUUAAUAAAAGAGGAUCAAGUCCCAUCAUCUUUAACUUUAAAAAACUAUAUAGAAUCACAUACCGAUGCAAAGGACUUGAAAUACUUUAAAGGUGGAUCAUAUCAUUCAUUGGUGAACUAUUCAUUAGUAUCCAAAGUAUGGUUCAACUACAUAUCUAAUUCACUAUGUGAAAAGUUUUAUUUUAAAUAUAAUAAUAAUAAUAGUAAAAAUAAUAAUAGUGAUAGAAAUUUAUUGUUUGAUCUUUCUAAAUCAAGUUCAAUCUAUAAGUUUAACAAUGUUAAUUAUUUAUAUUUCGAUACGAGCGAUAUGCCUAGCUGUGUGGAAGCCGAACAACAUGCGAUAGUCCAUUGGAUUUCAAGGUUUGUGAAUCUGAAACGAUUGGUUAUUGGCACAGAGUUUUCAGGGUUGGUCAGAACGUUGGUGCGUCGUUUGCCAAACAUCAAGAUAGAGGUGCUUGUCUUUCAGUAUCACGAAUACUACAUGAAUGUGGUGGAUCUUUCAGAGUUUGACCGGUCUACACUCGAGUUUGUUCAUGUCCAUGCCGGAGAAUUCUCAUCGUCCGUGGAGUACGAAGAUAUUGACAACUACUUUGAAGAUUACAUAAGAAAGUGGCGAACCAAUUCCAUCUAUUGUGAAUAUGGAACCGAUGGUGAUGUAGAGGGUGUCAUCCAUAUAUCCUACAAGCAACUACUUACCAAGGUUAGAUCUUUACAAUCCAUUGUUAUACCGUCAGAUCAUAUCGAUACCAACCAACUUAAAUAUAUACUAGAGCAGCAACAGCAACAACAAACAGUUGGUGGUGGUAUUGAAGCAUUCAAAGGGAAUGUACCGUUUGGAAUAUACGAUUAUCAAAGAACAACAGAGUUGGAAUGUUUACCAUUGUCCACACAAGAAUCUGUUGUUGAUGAAAUAUACAAUAACAAUCGGUUGGAACAUUGGAUUACAUUCUGUGAAUUACUGGCGAGUAAUACAACGUUAAAACAUCUCUACUUGACCAAUCAGUGUAAGAGUAUCUAUAAUAACGAUAGGGAGGAGCAUAGGUUGAAGGCGUCAACCAUACAAGUUACUUCUGAAUCAUUGGGCGCAACACUAUCGAUGAACCAAACACUUCGAACACUCUCGAUCUCCUGUGAAAUAUUGUCCGAUUCAUUCUACGAAACGAUAUCACAUUCCAAUCGAACCAUUAGCGAAUUAGAAUUGAUCGAUUGCGAUCUUUGGAAUCUACAAUCGAUUGGACAGUCACUUAAAUACAAUAGAUCACUUAAGCAACUGACGAUAUCAAAUAGAAACAACCAAAUAAAACAAGAGAAAGCAAUAACUAAAGAUCAAGCGAUAGAAUCAUUCAUACUAGGAUUACAAAAUAACAAAACCCUAAUACUCUGCUCUGAGAGGACAACCAUUAAGAAUAUUGCUGAGAAACUCCCCACAUGGGGAAAUGAAGAAUUCGUUUCUGAAAAGUAUUUAGUUGCAAUAUCAACUAUAAAUAAACUGUUACCAAUAUUCUUAAUGGUUGUCCUCUCAGAGCAGAGUACUUAA